AUGGUCAAGACCAAGGGCCAGGGGCAACCAGGAGGUAACGCCCCCAAACGAACCCCCAACAAGAAGGUCAGAACUGGUUGCAAGACAUUCAAGAUCCGUCGCAUUCGAUGCGACGAAGCUAGGCCAACCUGCAACAAGUGCACGUCAACAGGCCGCAUGUUGCUCAACUUGUCGUACUGGAAGUAUCUUCCCGGUCGGUUGGACAACAGCCAGGCCUUGCGUGCCAGCCUGGUGGUCUUUUGCAACAGCUGGCUGAACUACAAGACUGGGCUUCCGCCGAGCCAGCUUAUCGAGCCCAAGCUCUACGGGCUGGCAAUACGAAGCUUGCAGGCCGCGAUCGAUGGGCCAGAGCAGCUCAAAGUGGAGAUUCUCGCAUCGAUUGUCAUCUUGCACCGGGUUGAGACUCUGCUCGACUUGAUACGAGGAUCGCAUGUCACGAACCAUGCCAAGGGACUCAUCGGCCUGUUGCAGAAAAAGGGGUACCCCAAUUUUGACGAUCCGCUGGAAACUCACCUCAUUGUGGACAUGCAAGCGGCAAUGGUGUCUCACUGGCUCGUUCAUCGGGACGUGAAUUUCAUGCACCACUCAGGCUGGUCAGACGUCUUCAAGCGAUGUGCAGUCGUCGUUGCAGCGGCAGGUGACGACGGGGGGCUCAACAUGGCGCCAUUCCACGAGUUCGACAGAGCACUCGGUUCCCGGGCCGAGAUAUGCCAUGGCGUACGCGGCAUUCACAACAUCGCCGAUCGCGAAGCUGCGAAGAUCGAGGCAGCGCGUAAAGAGGACGAGAUACAACAGAUGCUCGACGAAGUGCGUGAGAGUUUCCAACCGCGAAUCGAGUACAUGCGCGCAAACGGCGGCAUCGAACAGGUCGCUACCCCGACUUCGCCCAGCGGCUACGCAUACGACUUUCCAACAGACAAGUGA